UGAAAGGCAAAAAACCUCUCUCUUUGAAUCUCAGCAUAUAUAAUUAAUUGAAGUCAACAUCUGCAAGCUUUAGUAUAUAAGAAGCCAGGCUCGUAGAGAAAAUUUGUCGCCAUAGAAAUUAAACUUUAGAAAGUGAAACGGUGAUGAAGAGAUCAUAUACAGUACUAGUAAUGGAAGAUAAUGACUUCUUGGAUUCAAACGGUGAUGAAGAGAUCGAUGUGAAGGAUCAAAAUCUUGAAUCAGCUAAAGGGGAAAAGGGAGAGACUAGAGAAGAAAACAAGAUGUUAGAGUUCUAUGGAAUCCUUCAUCACGAUAAACCUGAUGAUGCUACAAAUGCUAAAGGUGUGUUUAGCCAUAUUGAGGAAAACGAAGAAAGUGAACUUGUGUCACUUUCUCUUGGGAUAUCAAUAUCUAAAGGCAAGCCUAGCAAGAAUGAGAAAAUGAUUAAUAAUGGAAUUGAAAAGAGAGAAGAUGAGGAUGUGCAUAAACGACUUGUACUUGGGUUAGAUAUCAAUUUGGACCCUGUAGAUCAAGAUGAAUUAGCUGCAAAUAAUUCCACCCCUGAAAGUAGCUUUGGUGAGGGAGGGAAGGAAGAUGAACCAACUGAGAUGUGGCCACCCAGUAAAGUUUCGAAGACAAUGAAAAGUGAGGAUAAAAGUGAAGCUUCACCACAUUAUCAGCCCAAGAAGACUAGGGUUUCUAUUAGAGCCAGAUGUGAUACCCAAACGAUGAAUGAUGGGUGCCAAUGGAGAAAAUAUGGACAGAAAAUGGCCAAAGGAAAUCCAUGCCCCCGAGCUUACUAUCGAUGCACUGCUUCUCCAUCUUGCCCUGUAAGAAAGCAGGUGCAAAGAUGUGCUGAAGACAUGUCCAUAUUGAUUACCACCUAUGAAGGAACACACAAUCACCCUCUUCCUAUGUCAGCCACUGCAAUGGCCUGCACAACUUCUGCUGCAGCUUCCAUGCUUCAAUCUCCCUCAUUGAGUUCACAACAUGGACUAGUCGAUUCAGCUAUAUCCUCCAUCAUCAACUCCAGUGCUGCUAAUUACUACAAUCCUAAUAAUGCUCUAAACUUCUCCACACACCAAGUUUCUAGACCAAACCAAUUCUACUUCUCCAACUCAUCCAUUUCAACCUUGAAUUCUCACCCUACAAUCACUCUGGACCUUACAGCACCCCCAACUUCCUCAAACUCAAGCUUCACUCACAUGCCAAAAUACUCAUCAACAAACCUGAAUUUCUCCUCUGGUUUCUCUCCUCUACAUUCUAGCAUGCCUCAAUCACCUUGGAGCAGUUAUAAUUACUUCAAUUCUGGAACACUUUCUCAAAAUAGAAAACAUGGUGGUAAUUACUUGUUAAACACUGGAAAUCAAAAUCAACCACAUUCUUUAGGAAAUCUCCAUCAACCUAUUUACAUGAGAAGCAAUACCAUUUCUCAGCAUUCUUUGCCUGAUCCCAUUGUUGCUGCAACCAAGGCAAUCACAAGUAACCCAAAGUUUCAAUCAGCACUAGCAACUGCUCUCACAACAUAUGUUGGCAAUGAAGCUGGUGGUGGUAGGUUAAGAGAAAAUCAUGUUCUUGAGAGUGCAGAACUGAUGAACUUAAAGCUAUGUAGUGAAAAUAGCAUAGGAAACUCAAGUAUAGUUCAACUACCACUACUGGAGCAAUGGAAGUGAAACAAGUUGAAGCAUUGUUUAUGUGUCCGUUUGUAUUAGUUGUUAGGGUUGAUUUCAAUUUUGAAUUGUUGAUGAACAGGAUGUUAAUUAAGAUGCAUACUCAAAUUAAUGUAAGUUACAGAUUUUAUACUAAAAUGUGUAUCUCGGUAUGUGAGAUUGAUUUUGGUAAUAAGCCGGAUGAGAAUUGAAAAGACAAAAA